AUGGCCUCUAAAAAGCUUGUUGUGGCCGGUGGGAACGGCUUCCUCGGGUCGAGGAUUUGCAAAUCUGCUGUUGCUAGAGGCUGGACUGUCACGUCUCUUAGCCGAUCCGGAGAACCACGAUGGGAUGUCGUCACCAGCUCCUCCCAACAACCAGGAUGGGCGAAAUCCGUGGAAUGGGCAAAAGCGGAUAUCCUAAAACCGGAAUCCUACAAGCCUUUCUUGAAGGAUGCGACAGCCGUUGUACAUAGCAUGGGUAUCCUCCUCGAAGCCGACUACAAAGGUGUUGUUCAAGGGCGGGAACCGAUCGUCUCGGGACUACAAAGGGCGUUCAGCUCAUCCAAGUUGGGAAGCCAGAAUAUCCUCCAGAGGAAGGAGGGGGAGGCGCUCAGGGCGCAGGAAAGGGAUGGGCAAUUUACGUAUGAGUUGAUGAACAGGGACUCUGCUAUCGCAUUAGCGCAAGAGUCCUCAAACGAGCAUGUCGCGACUUUCGUCUACAUUUCCGCCUCCUCAGGCGCCCCGGUCCUUCCGAGCAGGUACAUAACAACCAAACGAGAGGCAGAAACGACGAUAGCGUCCCAACUUCCGGAUCUGCGAAGUGUCUUUGUGCGGCCGCCCUUCAUGUAUGACGCAAGCAGAAAAUUCACCCUGCCUAUCGCCCUUGGUGGUUUCGUGGGAUCUCAGUUUAAUGAUCUCAUCGGCGGUCGACUGAACUUUCUUGGAGCAAUGGUGGACAAGCCGUUCAAGGUGGACAUGGUAGGUGAGGCUGUGGUCGAAGCACUGGAAGACCCCUCGAUAAGCGGACCGGUCGGACCCAGAAAGAUCGAAACAUUGGCCACAAAGGCGUGGAGAAAGGGCAUGCUUUGA